AUGAGAAAACUUCAACAGCAGCAACAGCAACGCGAAGAGGAGAAGCAGAGAAGCAGAGAACUUGCUGCAGUGGCAAGAACAGCAAUGCAACUACAGCUACGGUCAAUGACAAAGAAACGAGUCAGCAUGAUGAUGAAGACAACGACCAAGACGACAUGUUGCCUGGUGUUGGUUGCCUUAAUGCUGCUGGUGGACAGCUCGGUGGCAGCACGCAAGCUGCUGCCCAAGCGGCCGGUGAAACCGUUGAAGACAUUUCCGCGCAACAAUGCCACACCAAUACCAGCAGCAGGGGCACUGGCAGCCGCGGCAGCAGUGGGAGCCGCAGCCACAGCCACAGCCACAGCCACCGCCACAGCGGGAGCUGGAACAUUGAACGGAAGCGAGCUACCAAAACCGUUGACGCUGCAAUCCGACGAACCAGCGGAAGCGAUUGUCGCAUCGCCACCUGGAGCCGCAUCGGCAUCGGCAGCAGCAUCAGCAUCAGAAUCGGCAUUGGCAUCAGUAGCGGCAUCACCUGCCAAUGUGGAGACCAAAGCCGAUGAUCUGGCCAACCAGACCCCAACCGCAACACCUUCAGGCUCUGGCCUGAUCGAUGAGGACUGCGAGCCGGAUAUGAUUGGCUUCGAGCUUAUAACAGGGUACGUGCUAUCGGCGCCAUCGAGGCAAUUGGAAACGCUGCCCGGCACCCUCAUGCUGACCGACUGCCUGGAGGCCUGCCAGGCCAAUGAAUCUUGCAGCUCGGUUAAUUAUGAGACGGGCCUGUGUGUCAUGUUCCGCAGCACCGCCGAUCAGUUGCCAGGUUCACUUUCGCGCUCCCAGUAUCCCGUUUUCACCGUAUACGCACAGAAAUCCUGCUUCGGAGUGCGACCCUGCUCGAAGGCCUGGUGCAUUGAUCGCGUCCAGGGCUACCGGCUGCCGGAGCGAGCCAAGGCCAGCCAGAGCGUGGCCACGAGGCGCGACUGCAUCGAGCUGUGCCUGGGCGAGACGGAGUUCACCUGUCGAUCGGCCAACUAUUAUGCGCACUCUGGCCUGUGCGAGCUCUCGGACAUGGAUCGCAUUACGCUGUCGGACGAGGCGAACAUCGCGGCCUACGAUGGCGCCGACUAUCUGGAGAACAACUGCGCGGAGGAGCCCAGCAAGCUGUGUGAGUUCAAGCGGAUCUCGGGUCGCAUUCUGAAGACCGUCGACUCGGUGCAUCAGAAUGUGCAGAGCAUCGACGACUGUCGCGACCUCUGUCUCACCGCCCCGUUCCGCUGCCACUCCUACGACUACAACGAGACCGGGGAGCAUGUCUGCCGCCUCUCGCACCACAGUCGCGCCACCCUGACGGAUCUCUCGGAGCCCUAUCUGAGCAUUGAAGAGGCGGCCACUUACGAGCAGUCUGCCUGCUAUAAUGUAUCCAUCGAUUGCCGCUCUGGCGAAAUGAUCACCAAGAUUCGCACCUCGAAGCUGUUCGACGGCAAGGUCUAUGCCAAGGGAGCCCCCAAAUCCUGUGCCGUCAACGUGAACAACUCUCUGGAGUUCGAUCUGAAGAUGCGUUACAACGACCUCGAGUGCAAUGUCCGCCAGAGUGCCUACGGCCGGUAUAUGAACGACAUUGUCAUCCAGCAUCAUGACAUGAUUGUCACCUCCUCCGAUCUGGGACUGGCCGUCUCCUGCCAGUAUGAUCUGACCAAUAAGACGGUGGUGAACAAUGUGGAUCUGGGCGUAACCGGCGAGAUCGAGUCGACGCUGAGCGAAGAAAUCAUUGUCGAUUCCCCGAAUGUCAUCAUGAAGAUCACGGCACGUGAUGGCAGCGACAUGAAACGCAUCGCCGAGGUGGGAGACCCGCUGGCCCUCCGAUUCGAGAUCGUCGACGCGAACAGUCCGUACGAGAUAUUUGUGCGGGAACUGGUGGCCAUGGACGGGACGGACAGUGCCGAAAUCACGCUGAUCGAUGCCAACGGCUGUCCCACGGACCAGUACAUAAUGAGUGCCAUGCAGAAGAUGGCCAGCAAUCGCAAGGUGCUGCUCUCACAGUUCGACGCCUUCAAGUUCCCCUCCUCGGAGCUGGUGCAGUUCCGCGCCCUGGUCACGCCCUGCAUACCGCGCUGCGAACCGGUUAUCUGCGACAACGAUGAGAACGGAGAACUCAAGAGUCUGCUAUCCUACGGUCGGCGCAAGCGUUCAGUGCUGAAUGGCACCGAUGGCGUCGAGCUGGAGUUGGCCAUUAAGUCGGAACGCCAAAAACGUGAUGUGAGUCAUCAGCCGGCCGCAACCGAUGAGAACAUUUUGCUGGUGCAAUCGAUACAAAUCACCGAUAAGUUCGCCUUCAAUGGCGCCGAUUCAGGCGGCAGCGGCAACAGCAACGGCAUCGGCGCAGGGCCCAUCGAUGGCCUGGCCAAAUUGCAACUGGAACUGGGCACCAAAUCGGACACUUGCAUAAAUGGUUAUGGUUUCAUAAUUGCCGGGGCACUGUUCCUGCUCCUCCAGCUGACGGUCAUCGCUGUCUGGGACAAUAUGCAGAAGCGCGCGUUACACAAGCGGUAAAUGGAGAGCCAGGAGUGAGUGUGCAAUCGAAUCGAAUCCCAGAAAGAACGUCCGACAUCAGCAAA